ACCACAUCGCUUCUGAUAUCCAACACCUCCAUCCAACUUUUUGCUGCCUGUGAAUAAGCCGUUCAAACUGUUCAAACUACCACCGCAAACCGCCUCGCACUCCUCUCCGCCCAGCUCCUCCCACCAUCCCCUCCUCCGCCCGUCCUCUCCUCCCAUCGUCUCAAUUGGCGCGCGCAAAUCCCCAACAACCAUGGGAGCUAUCGAAGACCAGAUCAAGCGCCUCGGCAGCGUCAUCGAGGUCCUCGAUGCCCGCGUCAAGAAGCUCGAGCAGUCGGCAGGCCUCUCGGCCGGCUCCCCCACCGCCCAGGAGCUGCGCAUGAUCCUCAUCGGUCCCCCCGGCGCUGGCAAGGGCACCCAGGCCCCCAAGAUCAAGGAGAAGUUCAACUGCUGUCAUCUGGCCACCGGUGACAUGUUGAGGUCCCAAGUCGCCAAGAAGACUCCCCUGGGCCGGGAAGCUAAGAAGAUCAUGGACCUGGGCGGGCUCGUCAGCGACGAUAUCGUUAUCGGGAUGAUCAAGGAGGAGCUGGAUAACAACAAGGAGUGCAAAGGAGGCUUCAUCCUCGACGGCUUCCCCCGCACGGUGCCGCAGGCCGAGGGGCUCGACAAGAUGUUGCGCGCGCGGGAGCAGACGCUACAGCACGUGGUCGAGCUCAAGAUCGACGACGCGCUGCUGGUCGCCCGCAUCACGGGCCGCCUCGUCCACACCGCCUCGGGCCGCUCCUACCACACCACCUUCAACCCGCCCAAGAAGCACAUGACAGAUGACGUGACGGGCGAGCCGCUGAUCCAGCGCUCCGACGACAACGCCGAGGCUCUCAAGAAGCGCCUGGUCUCGUACCACACCCAGACGGGCCCCGUCGUUGACUACUACCGCAAGACGGGCAUAUGGAAGGCCAUCGACGCCAGCCAGCAGCCCGGCACCGUCUGGAAGUCCCUGCUCAAUAUCUUCGACGGCGACGCUGCAAAGGCCUCCAAGGCCGGCGGCGGCAUCCUCGACAAGCUCGCAGCCAACACCACAGCCGCCAAGCGCUAGGGCGCGCCAUGAGCGUGGAGAUGGCGCGGUUGCCGACAGCCCACAGCCGACGACCUGCCAAGGCGGCUGCAUUGGUGGUGCGUGCGUUACUGUUCGGAACGCCCCAGGACGACGACUGCUCUUGCGGCUUUGCUUGUGGGGGGGCGCCCGGGAAGGCGUCGUUCCAGGUACCGAAAGAAGGAAGACGAAAAUACAAAUGCAUUCGGCGGGGAAGGUCGGCACCAGUCGGUUAUGCGCUAUCAAUACUAAUUUAUGGCUUUCGGCGGUGUUCAGGGGUUGGCUUUCUCUUUUCUCGUUUUGCGCUCGGGCGUGCAAAAAAGAUUCCCCCCCCUGACUGGCGUCUGUCUUCCUUCCUUUUCUCCCCCUCUCCCUCCACUAUAAACGUGCUUGACAACUAAACCACGCAUUGUAUUGUAUCUUUUUUUUGUUUCCUCUCGAUUUGGGUUUCCAUGUCUUCCCAUUUCCUGUUCUGAAAUGGACCGGGACGACUCUGAUGGCGGGCAUGCUGGGAUGACAGGGACAAAAAGACAAGAAACAGGUAGGUAGACCGUUGAUGUAACGGUUGGGCUCGCUGGCCUUGUGGCACACUGGGAGGUGACUACAUUAAGCGCCACGUAUGUAGUAGACCUUUAAUUCUCAAUAUUGGGAUGUGGUCUAGGUGCCCAUGCCAUCUCACCACCAGUGCUCCCUAUACUCCACAUGAGGCCGAGAGGUAGCUUUUGUCACUUCGUUCCAGCUCUCAAUAUAGAAUUUCACACACAAGGUUGGCAUUGUAUGAAUCAACAGGAAAAGGACCAACAAUAGGGCCAAAAGAGCUGACACGAACGACGAGCUUGGUAGUAAGUGUUGUAAUAAGUGCUAUCGGUGCCCAACG